CUUAUUCCAUAAAAAAUCUGCCGUUUCCAGCUACAAUAGUAAUUUACAACAUUAACAAUGUCUACACUAUAUUUCUGAUCAAUUUUAUGUUUUUUUAAUGGACAAAAAAUGUUUUUCUUUCAAAAACAAGGACAUUUCUUAGUGACCCCAAACUUUUGAACGGUAGUGUAUCUGGGAUCUAACCCAGAUCUGUAGUUUAUGCCUAUAGCACUGCGAUGCAGUGCCUUGUGCCACAUUGAAAGUCACUGAGCUCUUAGGUAAGGCCAUUCUACUGUCAAUGUUUCUUUAUGGAGAUUGCAUGGCUGUGUGCUCAAUUUUAUACACCUGUCAGCAACGGGUGUGGCUGAAAUAGCCAAAUCCACUAAUUUUAAGGUGUGUCCACAUACUUUUGCAUAUAUACUGUAUGUUACGAAUUACAAUUUGUAUUAUAUGUAACGAAUUUGCUAAACAUAUGAUAUGUUACGAAUUCUAGCUAGGUGGCUAACAUUAGCUAGGCUAGGGGUUAGGAUUAUGUUUAGUAGUUGGCUAAAAGGGUUAGGGUUAGCUAACAUGCAAAGUAGCUAAAACGUUGCUAAUUAACUAAAAUGCUGAAGUUAUCCAUGAUGAGAUUCAAACUCGCAACAUUCGGGUGGCUAGACGUUGGCGUUAUACACCUGACCAGCCACCCUACUUAUGUAACCAUACCAAACAUAACAUACUGUAUCAUACUUUUACAUUUCCCGGAUUUACUUUAGUAUGAUACGUCUAGUCUAUGAGACCAGGCUGCCUCCAAAGUAUAUCUGAAACAAGCCGAGGAGGUCGUACUUACAAAGAAGUUUACAGGAGAAAAAGGUGGUCCCACAAAAAACACAGUUUUAUGAAGCAAACUACCGAGCAGUUCAAUCUGUUGUUUUGCCACCGCCUUUACCCGCGAAAUAAAGCCAUAAAUUUCAUUCAAUUUACUCCGAAUGUUAUCAGAGACAGACGAUUGAGCAGUAUGCUAUGUUUAUUAUCAACUGGAUUCAACUUUGAAAAACCCGAAACAAAAAAAUGGAGAGAACAGAUGAGUCCUGUUGUGGAGUUUUGCUGUCGUAUGUAGCUAGCUAGCUAACUUGGAUAUAGCUAAGAAUUUCCACAUUUUCAUCAGUCCACUUCUGUGUGGAGAAGCUAUUUUCUGAGUGGCCUGCCACACUGAUUGCCAUUGAUAAAGUUGGUUCAGUGGGCCACUGCAGAAUUUUGUCAAGAGCAUUGGCUGUCUGCUGUGUCUUGAUGCUCUUCAGUGCCUGGUUGUUACAUGGGUGAUGAGGAUGUCCUGCUGGUCAGGAUUGUGAUGUGAUGGGGUGCAGGACGAGCAAGGUCCUCCCUGAGCCACCUGGAGAUGUCCAGCUAGACUUGGUCAAAAAGGUGGAGCCUCCUAAGAACGACAUCUACAAACAUUUCAUCCGAGACGACAGCAGUGGGAGUAAAAUGGGAGGGGAGAAAACAGGCUCUCUCUCCCCACAGGCCCAGGCAGCUUUCCCAGCUGCCCGGGCACCCCCGGAUACAGGCCAACCAGAGGCCUCAGACCCACGCAGAAACAAGGUAGCCAAGUACAGAGCCAAGUUUGACCCACGGGUCACAGCCAAAUAUGACAUUAAGGCCCUGAUAGGUCGCGGUAGCUUCAGCCGGGUGGUGCGAGUGGAGCACAAGAGCACGCGUCAGCCCUACGCCAUCAAGAUGAUAGAGACGCGCUAUAGAGAGGGACGUGAGGUAUGUGAGUCAGAGCUGUGUGUACUGCGUCGUGUACGCCACACUAACAUCAUCCAGCUGAUGGAGGUGUUUGAGACAGCUGAGAGAGUGUACAUGGUGAUGGAGCUGGCUACAGGAGGAGAGCUUUUUGACCGUAUCAUCGCCCGUGGCUCUUUCACAGAGCGUGAUGCUACACGUGUCCUACAGAUGGUACUGGACGGGGUCAAGUAUCUACAUACACUUGGCAUCACCCACCGUGACCUCAAGCCUGAGAACCUGCUCUACUAUCACCCUGGGGCGGACUCAAAAAUUAUGAUCACUGACUUUGGGCUGGCCAGCACUCGUAAGAAGGGGGAUGAGUGCUUGAUGAAGACCACUUGUGGGACACCAGAGUACAUUGCCCCAGAGAUCCUGGUACGGAAGCCAUACACUAAUGCUGUAGACAUGUGGGCUCUGGGUGUCAUUUCCUACAUUCUGCUGAGUGGAACCAUGCCCUUUGAGGAUGACAACCGCAUGCGCCUCUACCGCCAGAUCCUCAAAGGGAAGUACAGCUUCUCUGGGGAGCCAUGGCCCAGUGUGUCCAACCUGGCGAAGGACUUCAUUGACCGUGUGCUGACAGUGGACCCCAGCGAGAGGUUGACUGCAGGCCAGGCUCUGAAGCACCCCUGGGUCGUCAGCAUGGCUGCUUCAUCCUCCAUGAAGAACCUGCAGCGCUCUAUCUCCCAGAACCUCCUGAAGAGAGCCUCGUCACGCUGCCACAGCACCAAGUCUGCCCAGUCCACACGCUCCAGCCGCUCCACCAAGUCAAACAAGGCUCGCCGUGCUCGGGAGAAAGAGCUGCGUGAGCUCAACCGCCGCUACCAACAACAAUACAAUGGCUGAGUAAUAGUUACAUGGGCCGAAAUUUUGACAAACUCGUAAUGUUGCGUGUCUCAUUGAGACCACAAGCAGGGACUUAUCAGCAGCUGGCCCUAGAACAGCACUUCAGCUCAGCAAUAACUUCAACAUCCAUCCUAGGCCAUUGUGCCACUGAGGCAGUAAACAAAACAUCCUCAGAUUUCACUAUUUUUCCUAGAUUCCUAUUUUCUCAUGUUUCUUUCCUGUCCUUGUGUGUCUCUUCAUAUUUAUUUAUUGUUGUCUUGAUUAUAUUGUUUCCGUAAAAAUGGUCACUUGAAGCUGUCCAUCUAAACGGAUCUGUUGAACAGAAUUCAAGGUAAUGAAGGUUUAGGAAGGGAUGUUAAAAUGCUUUUCCAACACUGAUUCUUGAUUAUUUGCUGUGAAUUUAUUAUGUUACAAGAACAGUGAGUUACUUGCUUUGGUGGAGAUCUAUAUCUGAUUAUAUCUUGAUGUGGACAAAAAAUACAAUGAUACUUUGUGCUAAAACACAAGUAUGUCAAUGAAGGCCAAAAUAAACAUUUAUUUAUUUAA